UGCCAUCGCCUACUGAGAGUUACAGAGUAUUCUAUGGAGAGAGGAGUCCCUGGUGGCUGGUGAUUAAGGCUAAAGGUCCACCUGGCCAUGGUGCCAAGCUCUAUGAUAACUCUGCCAUGGAGAAUCUCCUCAAAAGCAUUGAGAGUAUUCGCAGAUUCAGAGCUUCCCAGUUUGAUCUGCUCAAAGCUGGCGGCACGGCUGAAGGCGAUGUCGUCAACAUUAACAUGGUCUUCCUCAAGGCUGGCACACCUUCUCCAACUGGUUUCGUAAUGAAUCUGCAACCAUCUGAGGCAGAAGCUGGUUUCGACAUUCGUAUCCCACCCAGCGUUGAUGCUGAAGCACUCGAAAGACGUUUGGUGGAGGAAUGGGCUCCAGCAUCACGAAACAUGUCCUUUGAGCUGGGGCAGUUCAAGCAGAAGCUUACGGGGAAGAAGUUCCUCACAGCAGCAGAUGAUUCAAAUCCGUGGUGGGGGCUCUUGGAAAAUGCUGUCAAGGAAGCCGGAGGUAGGACCAGUAAGCCUGAGAUUUUCCCUGCAUCAACGGAUGCUCGCUACUUUCGCAAGGCUGGCGUGCCUGCGUUUGGGUUCUCUCCCAUAUCAAACACUCCCAGUUUGCUUCAUGACCACAAUGAGUAUCUGGGUAAAACUGAGUACUUGAAGGGCAUUGACGUGUAUGUUUCAAUCAUCAAAGCUUAUGCAUCUUAUGAAAGCAAAAGUGGUUCACGAGAUGAGUUAUGAAGGGUCUGCGUAGCUACAUCCCAUUUCAAGUCUUCCUGUAGCAAAUGUGUACAAUCAAUAAGAUCAUAUCAUGUGGGUGUGGUACAUCAGACCAGGCUGUGGUUUGCAAAUUGAUCAUUCUUCUAGUUUUCUAAACUGUAUUGUGAUUGUGUUUCAACCAGUUUCCCACUCAAACAGAAGUCUUAUUUUUCUCGCUGCUAAA